UUUCCCCACUCUCCGCAUUCCUCACCCAUCACCAAUUCGCCCACCAUGUCUGGUAUGCUCAAUAAGUACCUUGAGAAGGGCAAGGCAAAGUUGAAGGAAAUUCAACAGAGCCAAGCAAGUUCAGGACAAGGCCACUCAAGCCAAGGCUACCCAGGUCAAGGUUACACAGGACAACAACAACAGCACCACCAACCGUAUCCUCAACAACCCUACCAACAGCAGUCGUACAACGCUCCACCGCCGAAUCAAUAUCAACAAUACCCUCCACCUCCUCAGAAUCAACAAUGGGGUCCUCCUCCAGGUCCUCCGCCUAACCAAUGGGGUCCUCCCCCUAAUCAAUGGGGUUCACAACCUCCCCCACAGCAACAAGCCUUCUCUCCACCACCUCAACAAGCCUUCUCACCUCCUCCCAACCAACCUUUCUCUCCUCCAGUUCCACAGAACAGCAAACCCCAGUCACAGCCUCCUCCCGUUCCGGGGAAUCGACCGGGAGCUCCUCCCAUCCCUAACAAUCGACCGAGCUCUCAAGCUCCACCUCCGCAAACGCAAUUGCAGCCGUAUUGGCAACCGUCCUUCGAUGCAUCCACCCCCGUCUCCCAUCACUUCCGCCACGAACUCGGUGACCAUGGCUGGGGUAACAACGAAAAACAAAAUUACGUCGACUCGCCGGCGAACUCUUUCCACCACGACAACCGAUUGAUCGUUCGCGCCCUCGUUCAGAAUGGAAGCUACACAAGUGCGCGUUUGACAUCGCAUCAGACACUCUCAAGGUCUAAGGGGUACUUGACAGUUACGGUUGUCUCCCCAGUCGCGGAAGGUAUUUGGCCUGCCUUCUGGAUGCUGCCAAAGGAUCCAUUCCAAUGGCCGAACGAUGGAGAGGUUGAUAUAUUCGAGAGCUGGAACGGAGACUCUGUGAAUCAUUCAUGCCUACACUGGGGCCAUUUCAACGGCGAGGAUUGGAAUAAACACCGCGUUCUCGAGACCAAGCUACCCGAGAUGGGCAGACAGCCACACACUAUGGGAUUCGCUUGGAUAGAAGAAGAGGGUAUCCCGGAUUGGCGCGGCCGGAUGAUAUGGUACAUCGACGGACGCCCCGUUAUGAAGGGCAAUAUUCCUCCGGGCACGAGGAGAAUGGAAGAGUUCCGCAUUUUGAUCAACAUCGCCAUGGGCGGAAACGUCUGCCAGGGCAAGCUGCCAGCAGAUGGCUACUAUGACUUUGUAAUCAGUGACUUGAAAAUGUGCGAGGAGCCUGUAGGUGGUUGGGGAGAAUUCGAGCGGGUUUGGAUCCACACUCCGGAGGGCAAGACCAUGUAAUGGGAUCAGCCAAGCAUAUCGUCUAUGGUCGAAUGCCCACCCAUAGGCGUUUCCCCAACCCGAAUAUGACAGACAUGACCUGGGCUAUUACGGCGUUUUGCAUUAACCUGUAUCUCAAUGAUACUUAGAGAAGAUUUCACAAGUCCAUUUAUAACGCAUUGCUACUUGCAUUACCUAUAGAGGUCCGUAUUAGUGCAUCAAAUCGUAGCAAUGCUUCUUGCAUACAAGAAUAAUGAUAACAACUAAUGAG